AUGAUGGAAAGAACACAGAAGUUAAAUCAAGGCAGUCCACCAGCUGUCAGUACAAAACUUCUGGCAGGUGGCAUUGCGGGGGCCUCAGAGACGAUUAUAACUUAUCCCUUUGAGCUCCUCAAAACCAAACGCCAGCUUCCUGAAAAUGGUAUAUCCUCACGCCCAUCAUCCUUCUCCCUUCUCCGUUCAACCAUCAGCACACAGGGUUUACCUGGACUAUACGCCGGUUGUACCGCUCUGGCAAGCAGCAACGCCCUGAAAUCUUCUAUCCGGUUCUUUGCAUUUUCCAGCAGUAAAGAGUGGCUCAAUACGUUCGGGACCUUCAACGCAACUACAGCAACGCUGUUAUCUGGUAUCACGGCUGGGAUUGCGGAAUCGGUUCUUGUUGUCACGCCAGCGGAAGCACUGAAGACGAGAAUGAUCGAGGCAGGCAAAGCCAGGACAGGAACCGGGGACUCGGGAAUGGCCGGCACGAUACGACAAAUUCUGAAAAAUGAGGGCGCUGGUGCUUUCUGGAGAGGCACGGCACCAGUGGUGGGUAAACAGGCUAUGAAUUCUGCCGUGCGCUUUACGACCUUUGAGAUACUGGAGGGCGAAGUAGCGAGGCGAUGGCCUGAAUUUGCCGGGAGAGUCAGCACAACAUUAGCGAUAGGGGCUCUCAGCGGAAUCGCUACGGUGUAUGCCUCCAUGCCAUUCGAUAGUAUCAAAACGCGCCUUCAAAGUGCUAGAACUGAGUACAAUGGUAUGGUUGACUGCGCGGCCAAGAUUGCGGAGAGAGAGGGGAUUUGUGCCUUUUGGAGAGGUACAACACCACGUCUGAUGCGUUUAAUGCUUUCGAGUGGUAUAACAUUCACAGUGUACGCACAGGUCGUUCAAUUUGUGAGCUCCGAUUCACGGAACAUCAUGCGCGUGUGA